AUGAAAUUCGUGGAAGAUGCACAGGUCUUGCACGGAGUCAAAGCGAAGGACGACUGGAUUAGCUUCCUGCCUCCCAAGAGUGUACGACGCACAGAUCUCCAGAGCUUCUUGAACUCAGAUCAUGCCGCGCUGGACGUUUCAACUGCGUCACGGAGCCGAAAUGAGGAGUUCCUGUUUGGAACGCCGACGAAGUCAAAGUUCCAGCUGUUGCCAUGGAAGACAAAACUUCCAGAAUCCAUGAUGCAGGGCCUUGCUGUGGCCAGUGGUGUGGUUGGAGCCGCCUUGCCAGCCGUUUGGUCUGUGGUGCAGCCCGCGGUAGAUCCUUUCAGUGAUGAGAAGGAAGGGGACAAGGAGACUGGCUGGUGCAAAUUUGUUCCUCGCGCGCUAAGUCGCUUGGUGGGGCUGGGACACAGGUACUUUGUUUGCGAUGUUCCGUUGAGAACAUGGCUCGCAGCCGGCGGCCUGAUGCUGGGCUUCCCGCUGACAGAUGCCGUGCAUCGCGUUGCGACCCGGGGAAACCCCAGGUUCAAAGUGGUACGCUUCACCAUCAACAAGAUCCGAGGUGCCGCAGACCCGGAGAACUUCCAGCUGGACAGUGUGGUGUUGUUGAACCGUUCCUUGGCGAAAAUGUUGAAGAAUUUCCGCGCGGUCGGCACACGCGGAGGUGCGUCCUCCGAGCCAUGUUUGGAUGGUUUGUUCAAGCCCAUUUGGGGCACACUGGCCACAGGUGCAAAGGAUGAACACCAGCUUGUGCUGACACCAGAGGAAAUCCGCAAGUUCCAGGCAGGUGGACUAGCCUUGAAGCAGUACGCAGUCAAACCUGAACAGAGUCAGAGCUUUUCCGAUGGACUUUUGAUUGCCAAAGGGAUUUACUCUCAGCUGUUGCAGAUGCCACCCACAGAUGAUGCCCCUGGACUUUGGCGUCACUUGCAUGUCCUUGAGGUUUCCUUGCUCAAUGGUGUUCCGUUGCAUCUCAGGUGGGGUCAUGAACAAAGGUUGAACCUGUGCGCAGCUGGACAGAUGGCAGCACCUUUGCAUUCGAUUUGGAUUGCCUCGGCACUUGCCAGACAUGUGCAAUUGCUCUUCACCAAUGACAUGCCCCUUGAACCCACCAAGUUGCUCAAUGACUUGAAACAUGAAGUGUUACUUCAGAGUAAGCAGUUGUACCCUGAUGUGCCGUCCACACCAACCAUGCCCACCAUGUGCACUGUCGUGAUCAAUGAACCGGGCUUACCAGAAUGGACGUUGUCAUUCCAUUCUGCGGCCAAAGUUCAAGACUUGGUCCAAGCACACUGCCGUUUGCAUGGGGUCGCCAUUGACGAUGUUUGGGUCAAAGAUCCGGACGACAAGCUUGUCUCGCAUGACACCAGCCUUGCCGAGCUGGUGAGACUCACCAUUGGAUGUACAGCAGCCAUGUUUGUCCAACAUCAACCGGAUGCCAUCCUUCUUGCAGCCCCCUUGUGUGAGGAUGAUUUUGAAGACCCAGAAGUUUUGCCAGCCUUGGCCACUCAGGUUGAUGAUCCCAAUGAUCAUGACGCAAUCAUGGAUUUCACAGAUGACGUGCCAGCACCACAUGAUGCAUCCGUUGCCAACCGCCCGUCCAAUGUCCAAGAUAACACGGUCGUAGGCCUAGGUAAUCUUGAUGCACAUCAGCUUGUUGCCCAAUUGCCACCCCUGGUGUUGGACUUGGAUUUAUGCUCCACCAUGCGAGAACCUCUCCUGACAGCUGCAGCGAGACUUCACUUGUUGGACAGACAAGGUGGGGUGUGGGCAGAUGAUGAGGUCUGGUGGCAAAUGCAAGCUCUUGGACCACUCACACGUCACACCAAAGUUGCAAUGCUUGACCCUUUGCUUGCUACCACUUGGCUCGCUGCCCAAAAUGUUGAGUCGGUGCGUCACUGGAUUGAUGUCCAGCCUGACUUUGAUCGAAUUGCCACUGUUGUUUUGCACCAAGGUCACUGGACUCCUUGCGUGUGGGUGAAGAAGCUUUGUGAGUUGGAGGUUCACUUGUGGGAACAUGAAUCGGUAGAUGUGGAAGCCUUGAACCCCUUGCAUGGACUCAUGUGCCAAGCCUUGCAAGUUCCCAUGUUUCAAACAUCUUGCACACGACGUCAGUUUGGCCUUCAGAAUUGUGGUGCAGCAUCCAUUGCCUUUCUUCAGUUCAAGCUCCAUGGAUUGAACCUGCCGGUUGAUGAUGCCCACCUUGCCUUUGCAGCUCAGAGCCUUCGUGAAGAUUUCCGCAUGUCACAUGAUGGAUUUACUCACAUGCCUAGGCCAUGGUGUUGGGGUGCGGGUGUCCCUGAAGUCCUUGGAAUCACAGCCACGAUCCUUCAACAGCAUGGUGUUCCCCAAAGUGCUUCAACUUCCCGAGCCAAGUUGCUGAUGCAGAGCCUAGGACGCCAGUUGACUGGUAAGGGCUUAGCAUUGCUGGUGCUUAAUGGGCCUGAUGAACUUGUCACCAAUUUGCCAUGGUCAUCGAUCAGGUUUGCUGCCAAAUGUGCGGUGAAUCAACAACCGGUCCUACUGUCUGGCCAUUUAGUUCAGCUUGGAGGGCAAAGCAUUGGUCCGUACUUCCGAUCUGACGGACAUGCAGUUGCUGAUGUACCGGUGGCCUGUGCCCGGCUCACUGUUUUUGCAGAUCAAGUGCCACAAGACUGGGACACCUUCUCAGCACAUCCGUUUAAGCAUUUGCUUGCCAUGCUCCCACCGCUGCAGUCAUGUCGCAAUGAGGAGUGCCAAUGUGACAAGUGGCAUGUGGAUCAGAUGUCGCAAGUUCAUGAUGUGCUGUUAGAUGUGUUCAAAAGACAGUUCUUCACUGAGGCCGGCAGACCGACCAAACCGCAGUCUGCAAAUCACUUCAGCGUGCACAUCCGGUAUCUUAAGUCCCAAGAACUUGCCCUGUUGCGCCUGUCAGGAACUCAUGGAAUUUAUGUCGAGCCCAGGUUGCCAGACUCAACUUCCCCAUCAGAUGAGUUCCAAGUUGUAUGGUUGCCACAGGCCACGUUUGCAACUGCUCAGCACCAAGCCCAGUGCGAGCCUUUGUGCAUUGGUUUAGCCAGGUCUGGUCGACGUUUUGGCCUAAGGGUUGCCGCAAAGCAGUUUCAACAGCUGUUCCAGAAACUCAAGCCUGAAGGACAGUUCCUAUCUCCGGGAACACGUCAGCUGUGGCACUGCGGCCCGUGGCCUUAUGGUAGUGAUCGCAAGUCUCUUGGCAAGGUUUUCACGGAAUGGAGUUGGCAGGUGGUGAUUUCCAAAUGUGACUCCCUGCGAGAUGGCAUGAUGACUACUGGUUCUGUAGUAGGGCCCCAAAGCACAGUGGACUUGUGUGCAGCCACGUCCAGCACUGACCCUUGGCUGGUACGUGACCCAUGGCAGCAAGCCAUUCAGCAGAUGCCUAAGCAGCAGAGCCCAGAUGUUGCCUCUCAUUUGCAGGAGAUGGAGGAUCGGAUGACUCAGCACAUCCUUGACAAGUUGCCGCAGGGCAUGGAGACCGACGAAACCGAAAAUCGUCUCCAGCUCCUUGAGCACCAGUUACACCAACUGGCCACGCGCCACCAAUCCUUGGAGAACACCGUCACCGAACACCACCGCCAGAACUCGGCCCAGGUCCAGACUCUCCAAGCUCAGAUGAUGUCCCAAAUGGAAGUUCAAAGCACCCAGAUGGCCCGUAUGUUCAAGGACCAGAUGACGAAGCUGGAGACCAUCCUUUCAAAGAAGGGCCGAUACCAUGAGUGA